CCGCGGCUUAUCUCUAGCAUUAGGCUAACUAGGAAGUAAGUAAGUUGCACUUAAAGACCCACCUUACAUCAAGCUGUGAGCUGCUCUUGUCUCACGACAGACAUCAAAAAAGAUGGCGCCGAAAAUGCUCAAUAUGGUCAACUACGAGGAGAAUCUUCGCAACCGUGCUCGUCACCUCAGCUUGGACGCUGUCGCCUUGGGGCUUCGUAUUCUCGGGGAGCACCAGGAUGCGCUUAUCGCUGAGGCCGGAGGAUACAAGGCCAUCGAGGCCCUCGGCCAGGCUUGCUACACUGGAAAGACUUGCGCUUCGUCUUUAGAUGCUGGUCGGGUUUAUGAAGUUCAUCGGGGUGGAAUUCAAACAGUUUCCAGAUAGGCUCACUUUUUCAUCACUCGCCUCGGAUUUAGGUACAGUUCUAGAAUAGAACUCAAAUAUUCUGAAUAAAUGGCUCCCAAGUUCUUCAUCCUCAUAACUAUCCUUCUCCACCUUACAGAUCUGGGUGACCUGUCGCUGCCGGAGUUCCAUGAGAUCUUGGCUUCCAUCUGCAAAGAGCGCCAGACCAAUGUGGAGCAGAAGGUCACCGACGGGAUUCAGAUCGAAUACUUUUUGAAGUCUUUGGGCGUGAAGGAGCCGAAAACGAAGAAGGUGCCGCUUAUUCGUUAGAUUUAGACUAUUCAGAUUGAUGGCUAGAUUGAAUGUGCUGGAAGUCAGUCGUGAUAUUCAACGUAGGCACUUAUCACAGUCGAGAGAUCUAAAGUGAAGCACUUUCGUCUUGUUUCAUAAAAGUCCACUCCUCAAAAUCCUCUUCCAUCAAUUCAUCUCUUCGUCACCCACUCAAACUCCACUACAGCUGCCGGCUGCUAAGAACCAACGCGCCACUGCUAAGGCUUUGCGCAGUGAGUUCUUAGCUGUGGUUUUGAAGUUGCGCUACAGUGAACUUCCGGAUGCGGCUGGUGUUUGUAUGAUAGCCGCCGGCGAGAUGUUUUUGCAGAGUUUGAAGCAGCUGAACCCCAACACUUCCAUGCCGCAGCUGGCUCUGGGAAAUGGGCCUUCUUUCGCGCGCGUUUCUGCUGAUGGACUUGGUGGCGCAAUCUGUGGCGGCGCCAUGGACUCGCUGCAGAACCGUGCUAGCGUGGCUGGCUCCGGUGGUGCUUCGGCUGCGGGAUCUCUGCAAGACGUGCCGACUUCUUUAGAUUUAGACUAUUUGAUGACGAAGUGAUGUCGUUUCUGCAUGAGUUUCUUGUCUCCUCGAGUUGAGCCUAUACCUUGCUGUUGAAACACAAGAAGCCUCAUCCUAUCAAACAGUCCCCUUCUUCGUCCUCUUCUCAUCUUAUCUCAAAUUCUAUACCAGAUGAUGGCUCGCGCUUUUGGUGUUUCCACGGGAGGAUGUUCCGCUUCUGGCGCUCGCAACUCAGUCCCGGAAGAGGUGACCCAGCUAUCCACUGGCGCGCUGGCGCUUCCGGAUUUCCCCGCUACACCGGCUGUCGCUGCUGCGACUAGCUCUUCUUCCUCCUCGUCCUCAUCGUCGACCGCUGUACCACCGGCUCCGCCAGCUGCUCCGGCUGCCGAAGAAGUAGAGGAGGUUCCGGAAGAGAAUAAGAAGCCGAUGAAGAUGGCCCGCAAGGGUAACGCGAAGAAGUAAGCACUGAAUGAGAGAAAAUGGCAGGGGGGGCCAUAUGAGCAACUACUUUACUUUACUAGCGGGGGGGAGUAGGCUAGUAUCUACUUGGAGAGAGAUCAACGCCGUUGCCUAUUUUAGAGAAUAUUGAUUGACUUAUCUUACCUCGUUUCCCUCGUGUUUCAAUUACACUACCACGAUUGCUACUCCUUCAGUUCUUUUCUAUCUAUGUGCACCCUACGAGCCACUUGUUUUAGAUUUAAUUUUUGAAAUUUUCCUCAUCACGACUGAUCUACCCUUACAAUAUAUGAACUCUUAUACUGUUUAAAGAAUUUCUUCUUAUUUCUCAAAUGAUGUAGUACGUUUGUACCUCGUCCCUGUCGUAGCUGGUUUCGAAUAGUUUUACUCACUUGAGUACUUGGGUAUCUAGUGGGUAGAACUAUUCAAAAAAAUAACUCACGCCUGGUUGUUGAUGGGAGGCCUUGCCUCCGGGAGGGAAGGGGAGCUUCUUUCUACAAGAUGAAAGUAAGAAUGUUUGAAUUUAUGAACAUUGAAGAUGUUUCGACGCAGAUCCCCAUCUGCGAUCUCUGUGC